AUGGCCUGCUGUCUGGUGCUUUGCCAGAGCAUGGGACAGAAUAUGGGAAAGCACUGUGUCACCUCUGGUGACUGUGGCAUGGGCCUCUGUGUCUGUGGGCACACAUGUGACUAUGCCAAGGGCAGGGUCAUACAGAAGGGCCAGGUGCUGACCUGCAAACCUCUGUCAUCCUUCUCCUUGCAGAGGGCCAUCCGUGUACGCAGCCACUCCAUGGAGACCAUGGUGGGCAGCCAGAGGAAGCUGCACAGUGGAGGCAUUCCUGGAAGUCUCAGUGGGGGCAUUGUCCACAACAGCAUGGAGGUCACCAAGACUACCUUCUCGCCUCCAGCAGCAGCUGCGACAGUGAAGAACCAGUCAAGGAGCCCCAUCAAGCGGCGGUCAGGGCUCUUUCCCCGUCUGCACACGGGCUCUGAAGGCCAGGGGGAUGGCCGGACACGAUGUGACAGUGCAUCCAGCACCCCCAAGACCCCAGAUGGCGGACACUCUUCUCAGGAGAUAAAGUCUGAGACCUCAUCCAAUCCCAGCUCUCCGGAAAUAUGCCCCAAUAAAGAGAAGCCCUUCAUAAAGUUGAAGGAGAACGGCCGGGCCAACAUCUCCCGCUCCUCCUCCAGCACCAGCAGCUUCAGCAGCACUGCAGGAGAGGGCGAAGCCAUGGAGGAGUGUGACAGUGGGAGCAGUCAGCCGUCCACAACCUCACCUUUCAAGCAGGAGGUGUUUGUCUACAGCCCGUCCGCGAGCAGCGAGAACCCCAGCCUGGGGGCAGCUGCCACCCCCAUCAUCAUGAGCCGGAGUCCAACGGAUGGCAAAAGCAGAAACUCCCCAAGAUCAAACCUGAAAUUCCGCUUUGAUAAGCUCAGCCAUGCCAGCUCCAGUGCGGGUCACUAAUGGAAAGUGGAGUCCUUUGCCUGUCCAAGGGAAGCCCAGUUCUGUCCUGUAGAAGGCUCCUGUUCCAGCAGUUUGGGGGUGCCAUCUGCUACUCUGACCAUCACAGGCCUGUUGCCCUACUGGCCACCUGCCCAUCAGACCGGCUUCCUGUGCCAUGUCCCAACCUGACCACGGCCCUGCUGGCUCCUUUAUCAACAUACCCUGCAAGAAUCUUCCCAUUUCUGGACAAGGCUUCAUUCCUGGAGGCUCCUCUGCUCUUGACCUCCAGCUGUGAUGUCUGUCUGGGUCAUUUGUCAUCAUCUUGCUUUGUCUGAAGGACAGAGAGUUGGGCAAGAAGGGAUCUAGGUAUGGGAGCUCAGUCAGAGACUGGGGAGCUCAUUUGCUUCAGAGGCAGAAGGUGAUGAGGUGGAGAGCAGAGGUGAUAGCAGAACAUAAGGUGGGCCCUGUCUGUCCUUGGUCACAGUGCAGUGCCUUCCUGGACUUGGAGACAGGAGCUUCACCACCACCAGUGCAUUUAGUGAUGUAGUGGAGGUAGAGGGGCUGCUUUCCCAGGAGCCAAGACUAGCAACAUCUUGGAGGUUGUCCUGAUAAAAAUAGGCUCCAAGCUGGGUGCAUACCUGUAAUUCCAGUAACUCUGGAGGCAGGAAGAUUGCAAGUUCAGGACCAGCCUUGGCACUUAGAGGGACUUUUUCUCAAAUUAAAAAAUUAAAAGCAUGGGGAUGUAGCUCAGUGAUAAAGCAACUUUGGGUUCAAUCCCCACCCCCACCCCCCACCUAUCCCACCAAAAAAACCCUCCAUUGGUCCCUGAUCUCUGGAACUCCAAACAUAUACCUGCUUUUGUGCUAAACAUUUCUGAUCUAGUCCCAGGGAAAGGUCCAGGGAUGCUGUCAUCCGUGUUGCUAGGGGCUUGGGCUUGUGGAAGCACAGAGACUGAGCUGGGUAUGUCUGAGACCUGGGCUGCACACUUCCUUGAUUGUAGCUGAAACUUUUUCCCCACUAAUUUUAUGCAGAUUCCUGACUAUCCUUGAUGUGGGAGAAGCACCAGAAAAUCUUGCCUCUUUGAGCAGACAUUUUGUUUCCCUAGGAACAGCUGGGAAGCCAGGAAUGAGAAGGAGUUCUGAGAGAGGGAACAGGCCAAUGCUGGGCAUUUGAGGAAAACUACAGGGCCUGAGGGCUCAGCCAGCCUCCACUGGGUCCCAGUCUCCACUGGUUGUGGAAGACAUAGUUAUUUCAGUCCCCCUAUGAGUGAGAGGGGAAGAGGUGAGCUGGGGGGUAUGACGUGGCAGAUUCUGGUUAGGCCAAUGUGUGGGGGUUGAACUUAAGUGUGGGAAAGGAAUGCAGUGUCCCUCAGACCCUGCAUGUCCUUGGCAUCUGUGGAGUGUCUAGUGUAGCCUUGGGAGCUGCUUCCAUUUACCGUGCCCUCUGGGCAUGUCUGGGGCUCCAUCCCCCAAGCCUCUUACCCUUUCCAAUCAGAGCCACUUUCUCUGGGAUGAGCCAGCUGUCCUGAGGGAAAGCCCCCUGGCCUCUCACCUAUCUUAGUCUGCAGGGUGUUUUUGCUGCUGGGUUUAGGGUGAGGCACCCUCCAAGUCAAAUACAGUCUGAACAGCAGACCCUGGGUGGUGCUGCAGCUUGAAGCGCACAGGGCCUCUGGCAUAGGUGGUACAGUGCUACUGGGGUGUUGCUGGCUGGGCUCCCCAUUUUAAUGAGCAGAUGACAAGAUUUCUAAUCAAGUGCUUUAUCUAUACAAGGAUCUGGACCCAAUCCCAAGUCAAAGCAUAGAAAUGCAACACAUUUUUUUGGACUGAUAUUUCCUCCUUACUUUUGCCAUUAGCACAAAAUUUUGAUCUUUCAUUUCCCACUCUCGUGUUGGAUCCUGUCUGCAGACUGGGAGUGACUGCACCCCUUACCCUGUGUGGGACAUGUGCUUACAUAAAGUACUAGUCUGGUAAGAUUUAUUCUAGUUAGAAGGUCAACAAAAGAUCUUUUUAGCUGAAAGUCAGUGUAGCGGCACCCACUGCUGGAACGAGGCCUGCAGGUCUGGCGGCUUUCUGUUGGCUGGGUUUCUGAAGGAGCUUGAAAGGUCGAACUGCAUUUCUUUGAAAAUGAUUACAGGCUUUGGGCUCGCCUCUCUGGGUAGCUAGUAUUUACAGUUGGUUGUGCCAUGUUAUAUUGCAUUCUGGGGUCCUUUGAGGUUUCCAGAUUGUCCCCAUGCUGUCCUGUAUGGGAAUGUCAUACCUCCCUGUCUCUACUGCUCUAACUGCUCCUUCUGCAGCUACUAUGUGCCUGUUGGGCUUUGCCCCUGGCUCUGGGCCGGUGGGCAGGAUGGCUGGGUGUGUUCAGAAAAACAGACACAGGUUUGCUCCUGAAGAAGUACAGACAUGGGAGGUGGUCUUCAUCCUCGGCUUGCUGUUGGGGUACUCUGGGUAGGAUCUGAGCUGCCACCUUCCUCUAGAUCAUGCCUCUCCAUCUUUAGAAAGUCCAUUUAUUGGCUUCCAGAGUGUGCAUUAUCUACCUACCUGAGGUCCUAGUGGAGACAAGGAAGAAGUGGAUGGGAAUGUGGCCCAGUCUCCCCUCACUCUCCUGGACCAUGGGCAGCAGCUCAGGUUCUUGGAAGGCUGUCCCCCACCUUACCCCACAUUCUGAUCCAAAAUGACUGUCCUUUUAUUGCUACACUCAGUCUUGGGGCUCAGAGACUUGCUGAAGCCCCCUAAGCCCUUAUGACUGAAUUUGUGUAGAUGGUGCUUAUGUUGGUAUUUGGGGCAUUUCCACUAUGACCUUCAUGAGAGGUUCUUCCGGUCACAUCUCUGUCUCUGGGGACCACCUGACUCACAGAAGAAACUACACUUUGCAGGUGCUGUUGGGCACCCAGAUGUCUCUAGCUCCACUGAUGCUUGAAAACAGCUGCAGAAAAACUUGAGAUAGAAGGUGUUAGGUGGAGUUUCUGCCUAUGCUAAUGAAUGUCAAAUGAUGUUUCUUAGAAAAUAUGUGGUUCAGUUUUUUGGGGCAUAGUCUUGAAGCCCAAGCCUUCUGCCUUCUUUUACCAUCUCAUUCAACCAUGUCAUGACCCACAUGUGAAACCUUAGCCCCAGUGAACCCAUAGCCAGCUAGUGGCAAAGCUGAGACUAGAACUCACAGCCCAGGGUUCUGUCCUCUGCACCAGCUGUGUGACUGAUAGAGAAAGUGACUGGACCUUCCAGGUUUGGGGGAAGCCAUGUUGGGAGGUGCAGCACCUGGUGGGUCCUUGGUCUCUGCUAUUUUCUGUCAGGAGGGCUCUUCUCUUGGAUUGGUCAGUGAGGACCCCGGGAUUUGAUUUGAGCAAAGAGAAUGGAGAGGAAAAGGGAUUCCAGGGAACUGCUCCUCAGUGACCUCUGGUCUUCAGCUCCAGUCUAUAAGGUGGCGGAGGCCAGGGCACAGAUGCAGUUCACCACCCCCAGCUUCCUUGCUGCAAAUUAAGACAGAAGGUGGUAAAAGAAAACUCUCUCAUUUUUCUCUGAUUCUUAAAGGAAAGUGAUUAAUAGGAACCUAGGUUCAAGUGAUCAGCCGGGACAUGGCCUAUUUCACUUUCCUUACCUUGACCCUAGAAGGUGCCAACUCAAACACUACCUUUUUCAUUUGUUUCUUAGUCUAUAGAUUCAGCUGUGUUGUGGGGAAUGGUGGGGGAUUCAAGUAGAUCUUACAGUUCCAGGGGCUGGAAGGGACCAGGCCAGUCAUCCAUGUUCAGGACCCUCUGGCUCCUCCUCCACUCCAGCUAUUUCUUAUCAAAGUCAAGGGCAGGACAAUGAAGUUUGCCAAGGCUGCCCCUGCAGCUUGGUGGGGGCCUGUGGGGGCAUUCCUCUACCCAGUUCCAGUAUCUGUUUUACCAUCAGCCCCUCGUCCACCCCUAUUCCCACCCCUCUCCUUUCAGCUGGGCCAUGUACCCCUUUGUGAGGAAGAAGAUACCCCCACUUAGGGCCACAGGCAGCGGAGUCCUGCCUACUGAGAGGCUGUUGGGACAGAGGCUCUGUCCUGUGCCUUAUCAGCCCUGGGGAGAGGAUGUUUGGCUGGAAGACUGGAAUUUAAUUGCCAUUGUCUUUGAUUUUGUGAUAUUUCUGCUUGGAGGGGUGAAACCCCCCUUCCCACUCUUUAGCAUGUGUGCCAACUCUCCCCUGUCAUGGGUGUUACCCUUCGACACUCCAGCUCAGGGAGUGCUGAUGUCCUCAUGUGAAGAGAUUCCUGUGUGAUAGAACCUAAGAAAUGUAGCUUGGAAGUGACCCCUGUGACGAUGACGUUUCUUUCUUUCCUCUUAGUGAGGAGGUGAUUUGUAGAUCCUGACUGCCUAUGUAAUGUAAAUAGUGUACAUUUAAUUUAUUGCUAUGGUAGCAUAUUGUAUUUGUUAAUGUAUAAAACAAAUUCUAAAAGGUUGACAAAUGUAUAUUUUGUUGCUUAAAUGUGUCUUUGCAGAAAUUGACAAUAAAUAACAUAUUUUGUGUCCA